UAGAACGUUGCUGUGGUAGCGCUCGGGCGCCAUGUUAGGACGAAGGGGAAGGAGGAGAAGCGCUUAAAGCGGCGGGGCGCGGGUGUGGGACUGGGUUGGCCCUAGGGCUGAGGCAGGCCCCCGUCCCUCCCGCCUCGGUGGAUCAUGCCCAGGGCGGCAGCGGCGGCGGCGGUCGCGGGGGGGAAGUGACUGGGCGGUGCCGGCGCCGGAGACGAUGCCGUUUCCAGUUACAACGCAGGGAUCACAACAAACGCAGCCCCAACAGAGGCACUAUGGCAUUACCUCUCCUAUCAGCUUAGCGGCCCCCAAGGAGACUGACUGCCUACUCACACAGAAGCUCAUCGAGACUCUGAAGCCCUUCGGGGUUUUCGAAGAAGAGGAGGAGCUGCAGCGCAGGAUUUUAAUUUUGGGAAAAUUAAAUAACCUGGUGAAAGAAUGGAUACGAGAAAUCAGUGAAAGCAAGAAUCUUCCACAAUCUGUAAUUGAAAAUGUUGGAGGAAAAAUUUUUACAUUUGGAUCUUACAGACUAGGAGUACAUACGAAAGGUGCUGAUAUUGAUGCAUUGUGUGUUGCACCAAGACAUGUUGAUCGGAGUGACUUUUUCACCUCAUUCUAUGAUAAAUUGAAAUUACAAGAAGAAGUAAAAGACUUAAGAGCUGUUGAAGAGGCAUUUGUACCAGUUAUCAAACUCUGUUUUGAUGGAAUAGAGAUUGAUAUUUUAUUUGCAAGAUUAGCACUGCAGACUAUUCCAGAAGAUUUGGACCUACGAGAUGACAGUCUGCUUAAAAACCUAGAUAUAAGAUGCAUAAGAAGCCUUAAUGGUUGCAGGGUAACCGAUGAGAUUUUACAUCUAGUACCAAACAUUGACAACUUCAGGUUAACUCUGAGAGCCAUCAAACUGUGGGCCAAACGGCACAACAUCUAUUCCAAUAUAUUAGGUUUCCUCGGUGGUGUUUCCUGGGCUAUGCUAGUAGCAAGAACUUGCCAGCUUUAUCCAAAUGCAAUAGCAUCAACUCUUGUACAUAAAUUUUUCUUGGUAUUUUCUAAAUGGGAAUGGCCAAAUCCAGUGCUAUUGAAACAGCCUGAAGAAUGCAAUCUUAAUUUGCCUGUGUGGGACCCAAGGGUAAACCCCAGUGAUAGGUACCAUCUUAUGCCUAUAAUUACACCAGCAUACCCACAGCAGAACUCCACGUACAAUGUGUCCGUUUCAACACGGAUGGUCAUGGUUGAGGAGUUUAAACAAGGUCUUGCUAUCACAGAUGAAAUUUUGCUGAGUAAGGCAGAGUGGUCCAAACUUUUUGAAGCUCCAAACUUCUUUCAGAAGUACAAGCAUUAUAUUGUACUUCUAGCAAGUGCGCCCACGGAAAAGCAGCGUCUAGAAUGGGUGGGCUUGGUGGAAUCAAAAAUCCGCAUCCUGGUUGGAAGCUUGGAGAAGAAUGAGUUUAUUACACUGGCGCAUGUGAACCCCCAGUCAUUUCCAGCCCCCAAAGAAAAUCCUGACAAGGAAGAAUUUCGCACAAUGUGGGUGAUUGGGUUAGUGUUUAAAAAAACUGAAAACUCUGAAAAUCUCAGUGUUGACCUCACCUAUGAUAUUCAGUCUUUCACAGAUACAGUUUAUAGGCAAGCAAUAAACAGCAAGAUGUUUGAGCUGGAUAUGAAGAUUGCAGCAAUGCAUGUGAAAAGAAAGCAACUCCAUCAAUUGCUGCCUAGUCAUGUGCUUCAGAAAAAGAAAAAGCAUUCAACAGAAGGAGUCAAGUUAACAGCUCUGAAUGACAGCAGCCUUGACUUGUCUAUGGACAGUGAUAACAGCAUGUCUGUGCCUUCACCCACUAGUGCUAUGAAGACCAGUCCGUUGAACAGUUCUGGCAGCUCUCAGGGCAGAAACAGUCCUGCUCCAGCUGUGACCGCAGCAUCUGUGACCAGCAUCCAGGCUUCUGAGGUUUCUGUGCCACAAGCAAAUUCCAGUGAAAGCUCAGGGGGUCCAUCGAGCGAAAGCAUUCCUCAAACUGCCACACAGCCAGCCAUUUCUCCACCACCAAAGCCUACAGUCUCCAGAGUUGUCUCCUCAACACGUCUGGUAAACCCAUCGCCUAGACCUUCAGGAAAUGCAGCAACAAAAGUAUCUAAUCCUAUAGCAGGAGUCAAGAGAACGUCCUCACCCCAUAAAGAAGAAAGUCCGAAGAAAACCAAAACCGAAGAGGAUGAAACAAGUGAAGAUGCUAACUGUCUUGAUUUGAGUGGACAUGAUAAAACAGAAACAAAGGAACAAGUUGAUAUGGAGACAAGUGCGAUUCAAUCAGAAACUGUUCCGGCCUCGGCUUCUCUUUUGGCCUCUCAGAAAACAUCCAGUACAGACCUUUCUGAUAUCCCUGCUCUCCCUGCAAAUCCUAUUCCUGUUAUCAAGAAUUCAAUAAAACUGAGACUGAAUCGGUAAAAUCACCUCAGGGUCCAUAAACAGUAUCUGCCAACUCAACCUGUUGUCUUCAGAUGCUAAAAAAAAAGAAAAGAAAAGAAAGAAAAACCAAGGAGAAUGGAAGGUACAAGACUAGACAUGACUGACAGUGGAUUUAGGUUUUUGGUGACCUCCCUUACUUGGGCUCAUCAGCACUUGAUCAGAAGUCCAG